CUUUAGCCUCUUAUCACUUCCUCUCCACCGCCUUUGAGCCUUUGACUUUGCCCCCUUCUUCUUAUGUCAAUUUGCUCCCAAUUUCAUCCGGAAAGCCUUCCACGUCUGUUGCGAUUUCCGGCGCUCCUCUUUCUUGCAUCACUCCGACACGCCCUUUUCUUGCACCACCAGGCGCUCCUUAAUUUUUUCACUCCUUCUGCUAUUCAUCGUUUUCUCUUCAACCCACCAUUUUCUUCCUUUGAUGGCUUCCUGUAGAUUUGUGAUUCCUUUGAUGGGUAUCAAUUUUGAUGGUUCCUUACCGAUAUUGAGGGCAACUCGGAUGGCUUUCCAGUCGGAUAUUGCAACCGGUGUUUGCAGCCAUCCCGGAUUUCAGAAACUGGGUUUUGUUUUUAUGAUUUUCAAUUUUGAAACUUCUGGUAUUUCCGUCCAGUGCUAUUUCGUAUGUAUAUCGUAUCAUAAUUUUGCUAUGAAGGAUGAAGUUGUGACCGCCACCCACCAGUUGGUUGGCGGUUUUAAGAUCCAUGACAAUAAUGGAGUAGAACGGAAGGAGUAA